AUGUCUUCCGAAAGACACUUUCCCAAUAUUAUAAUAACCGGCACGCCUGGCUGUGGAAAAACCAGCCAUUGCGAAAUGCUUGUCGGGAUGUUGGCUGAGGUGAAACACUUUUCAAUCAGUGAUAUUGCAAAAGAAAGAAAAUGCAUUGCAGCUCACGAUAAACUAAGAGACUGUGAUAUAGUUGACGAGGAUAAAUUGUUGGAUGAAAUAGAAGAUGAUUUGGAAGAAGGUGGCAUAUUAGUAGAUUGGCAUGCUUGUGAAAUAUUUCCUGAAUCCUUAAUUGAUUUGGUAGUGGUCUUGAGAUGUAAAACUGAUGUCAUCUAUGACAGGUUGACAGAGAGAGGUUAUAAAAAUAGCAAGAUUCAAGAAAACUUGGAUGUUGAAAUUAUGGAAAUUAUUGUUGAAGAGGCCAGAGAUAAUUAUGAUAGUUCUAUUAUAGUUGAGUUGGAGAGCAACACUAUGGAAGAUCUUGAACAAAACUGUGAUAAAAUUUCAAAAUGGUUCUACAAUUUUCCUACGAAUAGUGAAAACGAUUAUUUGCGUGGAAUAACUUCAUGA